UUUUAGUCUCCAAAACUUGAAAGGCGGCGAGGUUGUUUUGGUCUCUUCCCAUCUCCCUUUCUGGGCCCCUCACUCACCACCUAGUGUCCUUUUAUCUGAAUGCUUAGCUGUGCUUUGCUUUCUUCUGUUUAUAUCCCCAGGAUGCUCUGUAUUCUCAAAUUGCCUACCUUCCCACCAUCCCCUUAACAAUCUUAACUCCCUGCCAUGGAUCUAACAUUGCUAUAGGAGGAAAUUAUUUGUAUGGAAUUAAUUCCUAUUAAGAUAUGAGUUCCCUUCCCCUCUUAGCGUUUAGUACCUGAGGAAUUUGAGGUCGUGCGAUGCAAUAAUUUCCUGGCCUCCAGUUUUCAAGGGCUUUGUGGCUGUUCUGGGAGGUUGGACCUUCGGGCCGGGGCAGGCUUAGCCCCUGGCCGGGUCGGAGGUGUGUUUCUGAAGAGCGUCUGCAGUGGGGAUGCGAGGAGUGGAAGCUUUGGGAUGACGCCACAGUCAGGGAAUGUGUGCUGCUGGAGAACAAGCAGCUGGCCAGCUCACUCAUCUCUUGUGAUACGUGACAUAUAGCAGCCCACGUAAACCUUCAGGAAAAGGAGAGAGGAAGGAAGUAAAAUGCGUGCUUGCCAUAUAGGAAACACUGGAUCUACUAGGAGCCUGCAAACAUGUUACGUCUUGUCUUCUUCAUGAAAUCCUCUGUGGUCAGAUAGUAUCAGAAAGGCCGAGUGGUCCUUACCAGGUUACUUACCUAAUAGGUGGCACAGCCAGGACUGGCGACAGAUCAGCCCAGGCGAUGGAGGGACUACUGCAUUACAUCAACCCAGCGCACGCCAUCUCUCUCCUGAGUGCCCUCAACGAGGAGCGCCUCAAAGGACAGCUGUGUGACGUGCUUCUGAUCGUCGGAGACCAGAAAUUUCGAGCUCAUAAAAAUGUCUUGGCUGCCAGCAGUGAAUACUUUCAGAGUUUAUUCACAAAUAAGGAGAAUGAGUCACAAACUGUAUUUCAGCUUGACUUUUGUGAACCAGAUGCUUUCGAUAACGUUCUGAACUACAUUUAUUCUUCAUCUUUGUUUGUUGAGAAAGGCAGCCUUGCCGCUGUGCAAGAACUGGGCUACAGCCUUGGGAUUUCCUUUCUGACUAACAUCGUUUCUAAAACACCUCAAGCCCCCUUUCCAGCAUGUCCCAACAGGAAGAAAGUGUUCAUAGAAGAUGACGAAAACAGUUCUCAAAAGAGAAGUGUCAUUGUUUGUCAAAGUAGAAACGAAGCACAAGGGAAAACUGUCAGUCAGCAUCCAGCCGACGGAAGCCAUACUUCCCGGCCUGCACCGAACCUUGCCGUCAGGACCAGCACCAGCAAGCCGCAUGUUCCCAAACCGGUGGAGCCGCUGCACAACUUGUCAUUGACUGAAAAGACUUGGCCAAAAGAUAGUUCUGUAGGGUAUGCAAAGUCUCUCGAGCAUUCUGCAUCUGUGGAUGAUCCUAACAGAAGCAGUUUGGGGAAAAGGAACGCAGUGCUGCCUUCAAAGCCGCUACAAGACAGAGAGGCAGGGGAUGAUAAACCUGGUAUGAGUGGUCAGCUGCCCAAGGGAAAAGCCAUAGAGCUGGCUUUGAAAAGACCACGGCCACCUGUUUUGUCUCUUCGAAGCUCAUCAGAGACUCCGUAUCUGUUGAAAGAAACUAACAAAGGAAGUGGUCCUGGCGAAGAUAGAAACUUGCUGUACUAUUCAAAGCUGGGGUUAGUGAUCCCAUCCAGUGGGUCUGGUUCUGGAAACCAAAGCAUCGACAGAAGUGGCCCUCUUGUCAAGAGUCUCCUCAGGCGGUCAUUGUCGAUGGACAGCCAGGUUCCUGUCUACUCACCCUCAAUAGAUUUGAAAUCUUCCCAGGGGUCAUCUUCAGUGUCAGUCGACGCACCAGGGAAUGUGUUUUGUGCUUUAUCUCAAAGGUCAUCUUUAAAAGAUGGCGGUGAAAAAUCAGCCCUGGAUGACCGGACUCCAGUCCCGCAGCCGCACCGCCUCCGGUCCUUCAGCGCUUCUCAGUCGACAGAGAGGGAGGGAGUGCCCCCCGUCACAGAGGUCCGGAUCAAGACCGAGCCCCGCAGCCCGCUGUCGGAUCCCUCGGACAUCAUCCGAGUCACCGUGGGCGACGCCACAGCGGCCUCCUCCAGCACAAGAGACCUUUCUCUGAAAACAGAAGACGACCAAAAAGACAUGAGCAGACUGCCAGCCAAAAGGAGGUUCCAGGCGGACAGAAGACUGCCGGUUAAGAAGCUCAAGGAGGAUGGGCCCGGUUCUCCGGGGUCGGCAGACAAUUUGGAGGAAGGCUCAAGCCCCGCUCUCCUCGAGGCAGAUUUUCCAGAUUCUGACUUGAAUAAAGAUGAAUUUGGUGAGUUGGAGGGAACAAGACCAAACAAAAAAUUUAAAUGUAAACAUUGCCUUAAGAUCUUUAGAUCAACAGCAGGUCUUCACCGGCACAUUAACAUGUACCAUAACCCAGAAAAGCCCUACGCUUGUGACAUCUGUCACAAGCGGUUUCACACGAACUUCAAAGUGUGGACACACUGUCAGACACAGCACGGCAUAGUGAAGAACCCAUCACCAGCCUCUAGUUCACAUGCCGUUUUGGAUGAGAAGUUCCAAAGAAAGCUGAUUGACAUAGUGAGAGAGAGAGAGAUUAAGAAGGCCCUGAUCAUUAAGCUCAGGCGCGGCAAGCCCGGCUUUCAGGGCCAGGGCGGCUCCCAGGCCCAGGUCAUCAAGCGGAACCUGCGAUCACGAGCCAAAGGGGCGUACAUCUGUACGUACUGUGGAAAAGCCUAUCGCUUCCUCUCGCAGUUCAAGCAGCACAUAAAGAUGCACCCGGGAGAGAGGCCCGUUGGCGUCCACAAAAUUGCUAAGCCAAAAGAGCAUGUUCCUCUCGAGAGUCCGGUAGCAAACAAGGAGGUUUACCAGUGCCGCCUCUGUAAUGCUGAGCUCUCUUCUCUUCUAGAGCAAGGAAACCACGAGCGCCUGUGCCGCAACGCGACCGUUUGCCCCUACUGCAGCCUUAGGUUUUUCUCGCCCGAGCUGAAGCACGAGCACGAGAGCAAGUGUGAGUACAAGAAGCUGACGUGCCUCGAGUGCAUGCGCACUUUCAAGUCCUCCUUCAGCAUCUGGCGGCACCAGGUCGAGGUCCACAACCAGAACACCAUGGCGCCGGCCGAAAACUUCUCCCUCCCCGUCCUGGACCACAAUGGUGAAGUGAGCGCGCCCUCCAGGCCCCAGGCCCCGCCCGAGCCCCGGAACACCAACCACCUGGUCGCAGCGAAAGACGACAACGUGUUCAGCGACUGUUCCGAGCAGGUGAACUUCGACUCGGAAGACUCCUCCUGUCUCCCCGAAGACCUGAGCCUUUCGAAGCAGCUGAAAAUCCAGGUGAAAGAGGAGCCUGCAGAGGAGGCUGAGGAAGAGGCGCCCGAGGCCAGCGCCGCCCCCAAGGACGCGGCCUCCAGCGCGGACCCCGGCCUCUGGCCCUGCGAGAAGUGCGGCAAGACGUUCCCGGCGCACAAGCAGCUGGAGCGGCACCAGGAGCUCCUGUGCUCCGUGAAGCCCUUCAUCUGCCACGUCUGCAACAAAGCCUUCCGCACCAACUUCCGGCUCUGGAGCCACUUCCAGUCGCACAUGUCUCAGGCAGCAGAGGACCUGGCGCACAAGGACUCGGACGCGUGCCCUGUCCCCACAAACUCUCCGUCGCCGCCGCCUCUGCCCCCACCGCCACCGCUGCCCAAGAUCCAGCCCCUGGAGCCUGACAGCCCCACGGGGUUGCCAGAGAACCCAGCCCCCUCCACGGAGAAGCUGUUUGCGCCCCAGGAGUCAGACACGCUUUUCUACCACGCCCCGCCCCUGUCAGCAAUCACCUUCAAAAGGCAGUUCAUGUGUAAACUUUGCCAUAGGACCUUCAAGACGGCAUUCAGCCUCUGGAGUCACGAACAAACCCACAAUUAAAGGGCCGCCCCUUCUUACCUGUGACGAAGCGGGGGACGGCCUCCUGGUUCCAGCCUGCAGGGUGAAAUGUGUCAUAAGAAACAAAAUAUUUUUAAAAAAGAAUAAUAAAGGUUGGAAAUUGUUAUGCUUGAAUGUAAGUGUGAGGUAAACUGGUGUUAAUUAGUAAUGUCCUUACUCCACUUAGAAACUGAGAAACAUCGUGCUUCUGGACCUCUUCGCCACAGGGCGGUGCAACUUCAUUACUGUUGACAUUUGGUUGAUCUCGGUUGUUUGCAUGGUCCCCUAUCCAUGGUGUCAGUAUAAUCUUUCAAUUGAGGUUGUUUUGGUUUUUUACUGAUUUGCAAUUAGUGGAAUACUAUUAAAGUAUUUCUUCCUUUGAUUAUAUCAGACACCUAAGUUCUACUUAAAUCUUAGCCAUGUUCUUAAGUCCAAAAUGUAUCAGGAAGAAGUGGAAUAGUUUGCAGUAUUGGUUUAGAUCUUAGAAUACUUUUUAGCAAUAAGAAAAAUGAUAAACCUCAACUUUUGUAAGUUAUCCUGACACUUGAUAAAAAUAAAUAUUUGGUAUUUUGUGGUCAUGUAGAACUUUUUUUUGUAUGAAAAUUGUGAGAAAUUUAAAUCAGCAAUAGUAACACUUAAAUUUUUAUAAAAUAACUUGCUCUUGGGUCAUUUACUAUAAUUAAUGGUGGAAGACUUGGGAAAUAAAAAGAUUAAGAUUUCCAGAAGGCCUCCCGGUUGGUUUACAAAAGCUUCAGUUGCGACAGGCAUUACGAUCAAAACUGCUGAUCGUGCUGCGUGUGCACGGCACACUUCUAAAGUCAGAUCGGCAUUGGAAGGGCUGCACACGUGUGCUUUCCUGUUUGAUGCUGUCACAAACUGAAAAUCUGAGUGUGUUUGGGACAAAAAACAGCAUACAGCAGUAGUUUUGAACUUAACAACGUUGGUAUCACAAAUAAGGUAGGACGUAGACUGACUAAGGCCCCGGGCCCCUGGGGUCAGUGGGGCCGCUCUCAGUCCUGAAUUCCCGCUGACUUCAGGGACGGGGAGCAGAGGGAGAGCGAGCACACUGCAGUCCCACAGGCUUUUCAGAACAAUGGACACAAUGCACAGUUUCCUGCCUCUGUCUUGCGAUGAUUUCUGUUAGCACUUGUUGGCGUUUAUCGUGGCAAAACGCCCAUAGUGAAGCCAUUCUGCUUUACGUCACUGCUUGAACUUUCAUACAUAUGUGUUCAAGUGCUGUCAAGGGUCCAAAAUUAGUUUCUGCUACUCAUUUUGGUCCAUAGGGUUUGGUCUUCUUUUUCUUUCCUGUUCUAAGUUGUCAUUAAAAGCCUUUCAGUAGGUGUUGUCCAGAGUUCAAUGGGGCGUUCAAGAGGGAAAAUUUUUAUUUUACUUGAGGGUGGCGUAGAUACAUACAAGUAGAAAUAGUGUUGAAACUACACAAUCCUUUUAAGGUAGUGAUAUGGAUUAAGACUCCGAGUUUAUUAAAUUUUUUUACAAGCUCUUCUUUCAAAUAAAAAGAAUCUCUUGUGACGAAGAAAUAAUUUGCUGAGUUACUUAAAUUUGUCCUCUCGCAGAAAAGAACUCUGUACUCAUCAAUCUCAUUACCCACAUUCCAUUCCAGUGGAAGGAAAGAUAUUUUUAUUGAAACCCAAGCAUUUUUGUAAAAUACUAAUUGACUUUGUACAUCAUAGAAAUUUUGCCUCUCAUUCUUUCAUUUGAAAACUAUUAAAAGUCCCCACGUAUUUGAGUGGUUACUUCCUAUUUUCGUUCUUACUUAAAUUCGGUGGAGAAAGGAAAAUAAGAUUAAGCUGCAGUUACUCAUUAUUGCCAUCUUUAUAUUUUCUUGAAGAAAUCUAUGCAUUUUAAAGACAAAACUAAAGCAUAUGAUCUUAGGUGAAACAUGAGGAUGGAUUAUUGUUCACUGAACUCAUUCCCUGUGUGAGGUGGUGUUCCUUACUCUGAACACCUUGGUAGCUGUCACUUCAAAACAGUUUCCUUCAGAGCCAUCACUACUGACGGCCGUUGGAGCACCUCAUAACCCCCUGAUGCACAGUAUCUUGGCGUUGGAAAUCCAGUAUCCCAGACUUGAACCUUUAUGCUACGUUUUUGAAGAUUUUUUAAUAAUGUUAAUUAGAAGAAAGAUAUUUUUGAUCUAAAUAUAGGCUCUGCGUAUCUGUUAGAUUUUUAAAAUUUUGCCACUGUUUUGUCUUGUUCGUUCACAUUUUGUCUAGGCAAGGAAUAUAAGAUUUCAAAUAAAAUUUUGAACCAAAAACAUUUAUAAUGCAGUUCUGGUUUUUCUAUUACUUUUUAUACUGUAUCUGAAAAGCAUUAGGCUGGAAGAGUUUAUUUUGAUGGUCAAAAAAUGAAAUAUGCUUCCACUCCUGUAGCUAUUUUAAAUGUUAAGAAGUAAAAUAAUGAAAGACACCUUAAUUGCUUUGUUCAGCAAACAGUUUUUUUAACAAUGUUUUUCUCAGCCAGUAGGCAAGUUGGUCUUUCAUUGUUGCAACUCUUUAGCUAGUAAAGAUAUUCUUGUAAAUGUUUUUUCUGAUUGUAAUUAAUUUUUGAAAAUGUAGAAAGCUCGUUAUGCCCUGUAAGUAUUCAGGAUGCCUGCUUUGACGCGGUUGUGGAAAGAAUGUAAGAUGUUUUAAUAUAUUCUUUGUUAAUCUCAGAACCUUUUAUUGAAUCAUUUUCUUCAUGUGGGGGAGGGAGGGAGGAACACCAUAAAACAUGUUUUUAUCAAAGUAAGCAAUGGAGGUAACUGCAUUUUUUAAUAGUAAUAUUUCAAGAUUAAUAGAAUAUUUGCCUUCAAAACUAGUUAUGGUUAGUAUGCAUUAUAAUUUUAUCAAAAUAUACAAAUACUUCAACAGUGAUGUUAUUUGCAUUUGUGGGGAGGUGGAUGUGGUUCUUGGUUUUCUGUUUUGGAAUGGAUCCUUACAGCCUCUUUAAAAAUAUGCCCCAGCACUUAAUUGAUGGUAAUCGUAUCCACACGUAACACCCGCUGAUGCUGAGCAUAGAAACAGACGAGAGUGAAAUGUGCCCUUUCGUGGAGGCAGGAGGUGUCUCCAUCUACAGGCCAACUGACGGUCAGGGUGAGGGAGGGACAGGAAUUAACAGCUCUGAAGUCAGCCUUUGUUCCCACAGAUUUUGUGUGUGUGUGUGUGUGUGUGUGUGUGUGAGUGUGUGUACAACCAUAAUCUGAAACUUCAGGAAGUAAAAUAUUUGAAUUUUCUUACUACAAAAGUAAUUAGAGGUCAUUCAUAACAGGUUUCUUUAUAAAUUGCACUAAUUAAUAUUGGAAUAUUAUGAGUCAGUUUAUCAAUUUUUGAUGUUUCAUUCAUGUUUUUUGCAAUAAUUAUGAAAAGCAUUAUUGAUUUAAAUAAUGCUAACCCAUAUUCUUUAAUAAGUUCUUUAACACUGGCUUUUUUUUUAAGUUUUAAGAAUAGGUUUUUCUCUUGUGGCUUUAGCACUUUAAGAAGUUUGAUGUUUGCAUAAUUUUUGACACACUCGUUCAGUGCUUCCCGUCGAGUUCUCUAGUGUACGGCAUUUCCAUGCUACUGGGAAGAAAACUGAGCCGUCCGCAUUUAGAUUCCAGAAGAGCAAAAAUGAGUUCAUGUUAGAUUUUUUUAAAAUUCUUUUUAGAGACAAUUGUUUGGGAACCAAAGUAUUUUACUGUAAAACUUUAAAAUAAUUGAAUUCAGUGCUCCUGAGUCUUUUAUUCGUGCUGUCCAGAUUUCCCACAAAGUUGUACUUGGUUAAUACUAAUUUUCAAAAGGUGGUAAU